GUUUCCCUUCUUGGUGCGUUUCAUGUGGCUCGCCUCUCGCCUUGUUUUCCCCUUUGCGCGGUUUCGCCACCAACCCCCCACGAAAUCCUCUUCGCCACCAGAAAACCCGGCGGACCUCCAAGCAUUCAUCCAUCUCUUCGUCUACCUACGCUUGCUUUUAUAAUACAUGUACAAAGAGAGUUGAUUCAGUUGCUAGCUAGCUAGAUCCGACCCUCUCAACCCGAAGCAACCUCCUUGAAGAAGACUCGGACCGACCUUCUGCACUCGCACUACGGUACCCAAGUGAGUUAGUAGUCCUUCCUUCUCCCCUCCUCCCCCUUCGGAUCACACACUCGCGCAGAUCGACCAAUUGACGAUGAGAUUUUCGUUGGACCACAGCAACCCCGACCAACCCAGUGAAAUGUUUCUGGACGAUGUGGAAUUGGCGAGUCGAACGAGUGAGAGUCGUCGGAGCAAGGCAUCAACUCGCAGCGCCAACAGCAGCAAUCACUCGUCCAAAAAGAAGAAACAAAGGCAGCGCCAACAACAACAGCAACAAGAAGAAGAAGCAGCAGAAGACGCCAAACGGAAAUCGUCCACGACGGUGGCCAGUGUCAUUUUGAUUUUGGGCUGUGCCGCAACAGGUGCCUUUUGGGCGAUUGGCGUCUUGACGGCCAUUGGGGAUUCGCAAAAGGCAUUUGAACAAGACGUCGAACGGCUGGCACAUCGCGUCUAUUCCGCCUUUCGGGAAUACGAAACAGCCGGUCUGUGGAUUCAACAAUCGAGUAGCAGUCAUCACUACGAACAUCAUUUCGAUAGUAACAGCAACAAUCAGAGCAGCAGCAACAACAACAACAUCGAUUCCUUUUAUGCUCCCAAUUUUCGAUCCUACUUUCGAGAAUUGUACGAUGCCGUCGUCGCACAAGGACUGCCGCUCUACGCCAUUCAGUACAUUCCCAAUGUCACACACAGUGAACGAGACUGGUACGAGCAAGAAGCCAAGCAAUUCUACAAAGCGUUCUAUCCGGAUUUGGCCAAGCAUUACAAUGGAUUUUCGGGCGUCGCCACCCUUCCCAAAGACGAUCCACAAGCCGUCACUGCGUACGCACUGCAACCAUUACCACCGGCGCCCUUUUACUACCCCAUUCACUUUGUGGAACCCAUUCGGGGCAAUGAACAAGUCAUUGACAUGGACAUUUACUCCAUGCCCGGUUCGAGACGCAUUGUCGACUUGGCACUCUCCAAAAUGCAAUCCCACAUUACCGGACGCGUGCGAUUGCUCCAAGAACCGACGCCACCUGAUAGUAAUGUAUACAGUGUCUUUCUCGUACACCCCGGACGACCAUCGACGGCGCCCUACGAUCAAUCGGGCACCCACAAUUCCCGCGGCGAUGUCUCACUUUUGGCCAUUCGCAUUCCUGAAUUGCUCGAAUUCCUUGCGCAACAAGAUCACAUGUACGAAUCGUUGGCCCAAAGUACCUUGCCCAAUAUGAAAGUCUACUUGUACGAUUCGACACUGGAAGACAACAAUAGUAAUCAGACCACCGAACCAGCCUUUUUGGGAGCCGCCGAAUUCCAUUGUGAUGACGUGGAAGUGGAAAAGAAUGAUGACGACUACACGCAUAUACUGCCAAUGCCCGAAGUAUCCUACGCCGAUCUGUCCGCUCGGACGGACAUUCGAUUUCAUACCGAAACCAUUGUCAUUGGACAACGCAAUUGGACCGUGGCGUGUAUUGCCGGGGAGGGAACUUAUCCCUCGGGGGCUACCUUGUCCAUUUUGGCCGGAGCCAUGAUUCUCGUUGGCUUUGUGUGUUUGGCCUUGUGGAUCAAUUCACAAAUGAAUCGAGCCACGUUGGAAUCCAAACUCAAGGCGAAAUCACAAGAGGAACAAGCACUGCUGCGCAUUGAUCAUGCCAAAAAAGCGGCUGCGGCCGAACGACAAUUGAAUGAAUUCAUUGCCCAUGAAGUUCGCAACCCAUUGGCGGCGGCCAUGUCGGCCUGCAGCUUUGUCACAUCCGCAUUGCAGCAAGAAUCCGAAGCAGAAGAAGAAGCUGCCAAGGUGGCCGCCACACACAAAACAAACGACAAUCAUCAACAGCCACCAGCCGUUCCAGCUCCCUUGUUUUCCACCAGUGCGACUGCUGACAACAUGUCUUCUUCUUCUACUACUCCAAAACAACAUCAGCAACAAGACAAACCGGCUCCACUCUUCUCCCUGGCUCCUUCCUCCUCUUCCGUAGUACCGGAGCAAGAAAGCAAACCAGCUCCAUUAUUUGCAAUUCCUAGUACAUCCUCCUCAUCACCAAUAAAGCAAGAAAAAGUGGCUCCACUGUUUGCAAUUCCUCCUUCCUCCACGCCAACAACAUCGACAUCCUCUGAGCAAGACAACAACGAUAGGCCUGCUCCAUUGUUUUCGCUCGCGCCGUCCUCUUCUUCCGAACCAAAGCAAGGCAACAACAAUACACCUGCACCUCCUCUCUUUGCGAUGACAUCUUCUUCUUCCAGUUCCACAUCGCAAGAAAACAAACCCGCUCCACUGUUCUCGCUCACUGCCAACACCACUGGGGUGUCCGAUUCCAAGAAAGAGCUGAUCAAGAACAGACGCAGCAGCGCCCCGCCUGCUCCAUUGUUCCCUACGUCGAAACCAUUACCAGUACUAGAGUCAUCAUCAGCAACACACAUUGUGGCGGGAGAAGAUACGCGAGAAGCCAUUUUGGCGGAUUGUCACAUUAUUGAUUCCAGUUUGCAGUUUAUCAACGACCUCCUUCGCAACAUGCUCGAUGUCCAACGAGCCGCAUGCCAUCAACUGAACAUUGAAAAAGGACCAACAGAUUUGAAACAUGACAUUCUAGAGCCCAUCGAAGCAAUGCUCUACAUGCGCGGACGGAGUGUCGACGUACAGUUGGAUUGUGGCUCUACUGACGAUUUGAAUUUCAUGGUGGAAACAGAUAGACUUCGUCUCAAGCAGGUGGUUUUGAAUUUGGGACGGAAUGCUGCAAAGUUUGUGGAGAAUGGGUAUGUGAGGUUCUCCGUCAAAGUUGUGCCUGCACGUCCGCCCCCGCCUCCACAAGAUGAGGAAACGACAGGAGACAAGCGCAAAGGUUCCAAACAGAAGAAAAACAAGAACAAAGUCGCGUUUCUAGAACAAGCUCCAUCACCGAACCAAGAAACAGUGCAGAUUUGGAUUGAAGAUACAGGGCCGGGCAUUCCCGAGGAGAAGAAACAAAAUUUGUUUGGAAAGUUCCAGGAAAGUCUCGAUACCCUCAGCCAAGGGACUGGAUUGGGAUUGUCGCUUGUGAAAAUUUUGGUGAAACUCAUGGGAGGAGAAGUGUGGUUGGAUGAAACCUAUCACAGUGGAUUCGAUGAUCGGCCGGGGGCACGAUUCAUCAUUGACCUCAACGCGCCGCCGAUCCGAAUGGAAGACACCACGCCGCUGGAGGUAGAAGGGGACAUUGAAGCCCAGAUUGCUGGAGGAGUCGAGGAAAAGGAAGAAAAUAGACGUAGUCUUGGAAACAUUUCCCAGGACAUGCCAACACCAGAUGCUCUUCCUGCAACUUUGUCAGUUUUGAUGGUUGACGACGACUCUGUUUUGAGAAAGCUCUUGGUUCGGGCAGUGCGAAGAAUCGGACCUGGAUGGUCAAUUCAGGAAGCAGCCAGCGGAGAAGCUGCUCUGCGGCUUAUCGAUCAAGACAAUACCUUUGAUUUGAUCUUCAUGGACCAGUACAUGGCUAGCACGCAAAAGCAGUUGCUGGGAACCGAGGCCACUCGUGCUCUACGGUCGAAGGGAGUCAGGGCGAAGAUAUGUGGGCUUUCGGCGAACGAGAUGGCAAAGGACUUCUUUGCGGCAGGAGCUAAUGCCUUCGUGUGCAAACCAAUGCCAACACGACAGGAAACGCUGAGGCAGGUGCUGGCAGAUAUUCUUCAGGACGAGCAAACGAACAGAAGGAAACAGUCGUCGCUGGUAAAGACCCCCGUAACUUCGAGGUGAUCAGCGGAAGUAUUCAAAGAAUCUCGCAUAAUUUGGUGCGAGUGACCAACACUCGCACGUUUCUUUUGAACAAUGAAGUUGAUUGUGG